GCCAUGCUAGUCCCAACCCAUACCGCAGGCUGCAGCAGCACGGCAGGCAGUACAGGGCGCUCACCCUGAUUGCAUCCACCGUUACUCCCUCCCUCGCCUCGCCUUCCUCCGCUCUGCCUCUCCUCCCGCCCUACCUGCCUCUGGCCUUCCUCACCCUCCUCGUCUCCUCCGCUCCCUCUGCUCUCCUCCGCACUCCCUCCCCCCCAUCUUCCCCCGUCUACCCUCCCUCUCAUCUCUCCCGCCUCCCUCUCCCCAAGCAGGGCACCCUGCGCGCCUUCCCCGGCGGGAACAGCAACGGCGGGUGCUACACGGUGCCUCUCCCCGCUGACGCGCGCUACCUGGUGCGCGUGGGCGUGGCCUACCGCAACUACGAUGGCUCCCUGCGCCCGCCCGCCUUCCACAUGGCCGUCAACGGGCUCAUUCUGAGGACGGUGGUGAUGGCGGUGUCAGAGCAGCAGUACCCGCUCUCCGCCUUCUACUCCGAGUUCGUCGCCUUCGCCCGCCAGGGCCGCAUCGCCGUGUGCUUCCUGCCGCUGCUGGGCGUGGUGGCGGCGCCCCCCCAGGUGAACUCGCUGGAGCUGCUGCCCGUGCACCCAAGGGACGUGGUGGUGGUGCCGCUGCUGCGCCACAACCUGGGCGCGACACGGAUGGUGGGUGGCGGGCCAGAAGGCGGGGCAGGGGACGUGGUUCCUGCGAUGCAGGAGGGCAGGAUGGGAGGGGGGGGGUGGGAGAGAGCAGCGGGAGGGACAGUGGGGAGGGUGGCGGAACUGGAAGGUGAAGAGGCGGAAGCAGCGAAUGGGGGAGGGUUGGAAGGAAGGGGACGGAAGGUGGGGCGGGCAGGUGCAUUGGCCGAGGGGGAGAGGGGGUUGCUGGAGGAGGGGGCGGGGAAGGAGCAAGAGGGCGGAAUGGGGGAGGUGGGAUGGGCGGAGGAGGACAGCGCAUACAGGGUGUGGGGGCGCGACUUAGCUCCUGCAUGGGGCGCCGUGCCUGGUUCCGUGGCUCUGCAGUCGGAUGUUAGUAGUGGUGCCAGUGGUGGCAGCAGCAGCAGCAGCAGCAGCAGUAGCAGCAGCAGCAGCAGCGUUGGGACGAAUACAACACUGACGGGUAGCAGCAAUUGGGUUGCACGUGGGCAUCCGUUCAACGUGUCGGCGUGGGAGGGAGCAGUGGAGGAGAGGGCAGGCCAGGGGCGAGAGAAAAGUGGGGGCGAGCAGCCGGAGUGGGGGGGCAGGAGAGGAGGAGGGCUGGUGUGCUGGGCCAACAGCAACAGAGGUGGCGGCAGCAGCAGUGGGGAGUCAGAGACAUGUGUGGGGUCGGUGGGGUUCGCAGUGCGACUAGAUCCGGUGAAUCUGCUGGACGUGCUCUGCCUGCACUUCUUCUUCGCCGAGCUCGACCCCCUCGUGCGCCCCGGUGACCGGCGCUUUGACAUCCGCCUGGGCGCCAUGAGCGUGCUGGGCGUGGGGCAGGGGCAGGGGGAGAGGGAGGGGGAGGUGGGGGACGAGAAGGGGGAAGAGGAGGGAGGGGAUGAGCGGAAGGGAUGGAAGUGGGGCAAGACAAACGGCGGAGGGAAGAGGGAGAUGGAGAGGGGAGAGGAGGGAGGAGAGGAGGGGAUGAUGAGGGAGAGGGAAAUGGAUGAGGAGGAGAGAGCAGGUACUGAGGGAGGCACAGCAAGUGGUGACGGGGAGGCAGCAAGCAGCAGAGGCGCGGUUAGAUGGCUGGGGCGCGGGGAGAGGCUUCAAAGGCUGAGCGCUGGCAUGGGCAUGGAGGGGAGUGAUGUGGAGGUGAAUGCAGGGAGGGCGGUUGGGGAAGAGGAGGGCGCAGGGGCGGAAGUGAUGGAAGGGCACAUGAUGGGCACUGGGAGGGAGAGCGAGGAGGAUGCAAGUAAUGCCCGAAGAAAGCUCUUUGGGGAAUGGGAAGAAAUUAGAGCAAGAAGGGGUAGUGUUUGGGGGAAUGCGGGUAAUGAGAGCACGGGAAAGAAGCAGCACUCCUCUAGGGCAUGGAGGAGGAAGGGCGAGAGCGGAGGGGAAGGGAAGAGGAGGGGAAGGAGGAGGAGGGUGGGAGUGGAGCACAUAGCACACACGGGGUUGGACGGGCGGAAGCCGGUGGUGCAUGGCAACGUGGUGCUGGACGCCCUCAAGAGCGUCAGUGAGAGUGGUGAGUUUGGCACGGGUGGCGGCGUGGGCACGCCCGUCAACUGGUACCGCAACUUCCUCGACUUCCGCCUCGGCGAGUUCCUGUUCGGCCCGCAGCCGCGCCCGUGGAAGCAGGAGCGCCUGCAGCUGCUACGGUCCAAGCAACCGCAGGUGCUGGGGCACUGGGAGGGGCAGCAUGAGAAGCAGGCGGAGGAGCAGAUAGAAGAGGGGGAGGAUGUGUUUGAUGGGAGCAACCCGCUGUUCGCCCGGGACUGGAGCCGGACAGGCUUUGACAUCCUGGUGGCGGCCAACGGGUCGCAUGACCGCGCGGUGGUGGUGCAGCUGUGCUUCAACUUCACACGCUACGCGCAGCAGUACGGCCCCGCCCUCGCCCUGCUGCUCUCCCCCAUGCGCGGCUCCAAGCAGCCGCCGCUGCUGGUGGGCGUUGAGGUGGUGGAGAUGGUGAGGACGCCCCCUGGCGGCCAUGUGCCCCGCGGCUACCUACCGAACGACAUAGCAGCCGUGAUAGUGCUGCUCGCCCUCGCCUACUUCGCCCUCAAGCUCGCCCCGCACUGCCGUGCCUCUGCCUCUCACUUCCCCUCCGCACACCUCCCCUUCACACGCGUCCUCCCGGGACCCAUUAAAG